ACCCAAAUAAUCAUCCUCCUACAAAAAGACGAACACCCUACAUUCAAAUCAUUCUAUUCAUUUUAGUAACACUACAAGGAGUAUUCCCUUCCUUCCCCACUCGCUUCCAAAUCUUUCCUCUCCAAAAAAUGCCAUUAAACCAUCUCCAUUCACACUCUCACUCUCUCCUUCUACUCUUUGCACCCUUCCUUUUCUUCCUUCUAUCCUUCCCUUUCCCUAUUUCUGCCCACUACAACCCACCUUCUUCAUCCUCCCCCCUCAUCUCCGAAUGGGAAUCCGCUCGAGCCACCUACUACGCUGCGUCCGAUCCACGAGACGUUGUCGGUGGAGCAUGCGGGUAUGGGGAUCUUCACAAAGCCGGGUAUGGUAAAGCCACUGUUGGGUUAAGUACUGCAUUAUUUGCUAAGGGUCAGAUCUGUGGUGCUUGUUUUGAAAUUCGUUGUGUUGAGGAUCUUCGAAAUUGUAUUCCGGGUACUUCUAUUCUUGUUACUGCUACUAACUUUUGUGCUCCCAAUUUUGGGUUUACUGCUGAUGGUGGUGGACAUUGUAAUCCUCCUAAUAAACAUUUCGUUCUUCCUAUUGAGGCUUUUGAGAAAAUUGCUCUUUGGAAGGCUGCUAAUAUGGCGAUUAAAUAUAGAAGGAUUAAAUGCAGAAAGGAAGGAGGCGUUCGAUUUGCCAUUGACGGGUCUGGAGUAUUUAUGUCGGUGCUCAUCAGCAACGUCGCAGGUGCAGGUGAUGUUAUUGGUGUGAAAAUCAAGGGAUCAAAAACUGGAUGGCUUCUGAUGUCGAGGAAUUGGGGGCAGAAUUGGAUACUGAAUGCAGAUCUUAAAAAGCAGCCACUUUCAUUUGAGGUUACUACUAGUGAUGGGGCAAUUCUGACUUCAUACAAUGUUGCUCCAAAGACUUGGCAAGUUGGCCAAACUUUUGAGGGAAAACAAUUUGAUUAGAAGAACCCAAUUAUGAUAUAUAAUUGAUCUUUUCUUUCUUCAUUAGUUAGGUUAAAUUAUGAAUUGCCCAAUCUUAGUAGACUAAAACCCUAGAUCUGUAUCAUUGUAAUUUGUAUGUACACUAUACUCCAGUUUUGAGAUAAUGGAAUCUUGGCUACAAGGCCAUUCCUAUUUUCUUUGCU